CGAAUGAAUGGUUUACCUCAGCUGUUCCAUUCCACGCGCAUACAAAGAUCCACAGAAAGUCAACAAAAGAUUCUCUUUAUAUCGAGCUCAUGCUCUCAAAUUGUUCAUGCAAAAUGCUUUGUAUGUUGCAUUCUGUUUUAAUGAGACGGCACGAAUUCAUUACCAGUGGCCGAAUGACGUCGACCAUGCUUUAGAGGCAGCUUGAAAUUGGUGGAACGUUCAGCAGUUAGGCCUAUUAGUACCCGUCGUGCAACGACAGAAGAAAGACGUGGUUGUGAGUUUUAAUCAGCAGUGUGAACCUCGGAAACAAAGUCAAAGUGAACAUCAUCAUGUCUUUCGCCUUCAGUAACAAUACCCUGAGUUAUGACCUGGAAAAUUCACAGAACGUUGGCCCUCAGACAAGGAAGACGAAAAGAGAAGAUCCUGGACGUGGAAAUGGACCUCAAGCUUGCAAAAGAGCCGCCCUUGGAACGCUGAGCACCAACGUGAUAAACGUUACGAGAAAGCAGCCAUCCCGCGCUGCCAAACAGUCUGUCGUCGAUGGCUCCUACGGUUUCCAGGACGAGAACGCCUUUGCCGGGCCACAGGCGGGAAAGUCAACGGGGGGAUCUUGUGCCUUGGCGCUACUGCCCAGCGUGGCUCAGCCCAGCUUCGCCAUCCACGUCGACUCAGAGUCUGCCCCGUCCCAGACGCGAGUCCACAAGGAACAACAGCCGGUCGAACUACCCUUAGAUCCCAUUGUCACUUCAUUGCCAGCUGUAGAAAGACCACCCCUUAGAACUGUUUUCAGUCUAGAUGAAAGUGCAUCUCCCAUGGUCCUCGACACAUCACUUAACGAGGAAAAUAGAACACCAGCAACAGUAGAGGAAAUUGACAACUUGGACGGCGUGUUUGGAGUUCCGGAGUACGCAGAAGACAUCUACGAAUAUCUCCGAGAAGCAGAGCUGAGGCAUGUCCCCAACCCAGGCUACAUGCGCAAGCAGUCAGACAUCAGCCCGGGGAUGCGCUGCAUCCUGAUUGACUGGCUCAUUGAGGUUGGAGAGGAGUACAGACUUCACAACGAGACACUGUACCUGGCCGUCUCCUACAUCGACAGGUUUCUGUCCCAGAUGAAAGUGCUUCGAUCAAAACUGCAGUUAGUGGGCACUGCUAGCAUGUUCCUUGCGGCCAAAUUUGAAGAAAUCUACCCGCCUGAAGUCAACGAGUUUGUCUACAUCACAGAUGACACAUACACCGUCAAGCAGGUGCUACGCAUGGAACAUCUCAUCUUGAAAGUACUGUCGUUUGACGUCGCCGUGCCAACAGCCAAUGCCUUCCUCCCAAGAUUUCUCAAGGCAUGCAAGGCAGACUCCAGGAUGGAACACCUCGCCCGGUAUUUGGCCGAGCUGACGCUGCAAGAUUUUGAGUAUGUCAAGUUUGUUCCAUCAACAAUAGCUGCAGCUGCCGUCUGCCUCGCCAACUACACUCUCAGUGGAACGGCCUGGACGCCAACUCUUGAGAAGUACACCGGCUACAAGUUGGAGGACAUUGCUCCCUGCGUUCGCAAUCUUCUGAAGACCUUCACCGAUGCACCCAGCCAAGACCAGCAGGCCGCCAGGGAGAAAUACAAGUCACCAAGGUAUAAUAGUGUUUCCAUGAUUGUGCCACCGUCCGCACUGCCCUCGUGGUUAUGAGGAGUAUGGCAGAUGCCAAGAGGCAGGGGUAAUGCUAGCAGAGCCAAUAAACUGACUAGGAGCGUCGGCCAAUCAGAGUAGCCAGAAAUUGUAUCCAUUUUUAGCGGCCAUGCCAUGGGAAUGCCCCGCUUGAGUGGACAAAGCUGAUUGCCAGCUCCCAAGGGCGUGGCAAGUUUAAUUUUAAAGAGUCAGUCGUGCUUGUGUCAGGGCCACCAGAUCUUAUCUGAAACACUCAGGGUGACGCUAUUUUAAAAACGUUGUACAGAACCUAGCUGUUUUAUGUACCCCCCAGAUUUCUUUUUAACCAUUUGAUGAAGUUUUGAUGAAUUAAUUCUCACCAAGUGCAAUUGGUUGAUUGCUUGGGUUUUUCCGUGAUUACAGCUGAGAUUUUGUGAAGGUUUUUUUGUAAAGCACUUUGUAAAGUCACCAGCAAAGAUCAGCUGUGAUUACAAUAAACACUGCCCACUGUGAACAGUCUAAAUGUAGCAGCCAUCCCAUCAUGCUUUGUUUCCUGGGACGAAAUUAUGCCAAUUCCUAGCACUGAUUAGAAUUUUUUAACGAGCUUUUUAUUAACAGGGAAGUUUUAAAAGUAAACAUAGAGCAACCAUGUUUUAUAAGAACUCGUGUAACAAAAUUGUGUGGAAGUUUAAGCUUCAACAACUUCAAAAGAUUUUUAAUGAUUGAAAUGAGCACUUGUAUGAUUUGUAUUCAUUGAUGAGGUAAAAUGCCAUUAGAAUAUCACUCAUUUCACAAAACAAAAGAAAGUGAAAAACUCAUAACUACUUUCAAGAAGGUUUUUUUUUAUUGUAUCUUGCUGUGUACAUGUACAUGUCCCUGCAAAAAUGUUUCCUUGUACAUGUAUUGUGAAUGUGUCUGGUAUUUUUAAUUAAGUUUUGUACAGAAAGCGUGGCUAACUGAUCCAAUAUUCACCUGAACUUUUCUUUGUAUUUUCUUUUAUAUGAAAAUUAUACAUUGAACAAAUGGCACACAUUUUAAAGGUUUUAUUUUAGCAGAUAAUUUCAAAUUGUUUCUAAUAUGUGCAUACCAAUCAUCGAGCAAACAAGAUAUUUCUGUCACUGGGGGGUUCUCAGAGCAAUUUAACAUAGGGUGUUUCCUGUUAAAUCGACGGAUAAAUGGUAUAUGAAUAAACAUGUUUUUAUUGAGAGUACA